UCAACUUUUAUUGAGUUCUGAUGUGGACUAUCGCUUUCCAGUCAAAGUUCACUUGCUCGCAAUACCAUUAGUGAUUAGGACUCCUUUGCUCCUUGGCUGAUAAAAGUGAAAAUGAGUGAAUUACGUUAUGAUGACAGGGUAGUUGUGGUAACUGGAGCUGGUGCAGGCUUAGGAAGGGCCUAUGCCCAUCUAUUUGCAUCCAGGGGAGCUAAGGUUGUUGUUAAUGAUCUUGGUGGAGGCAGACAUGGAGAUGGUAGCUCCUCCAAAGCUGCUGAUACAGUGGUUGAAGAAAUAAAGUCAAGAGGUGGUAUUGCCGUAGCUGACUAUAAUUCAGUAGUAGAAGGUGAUAAAAUCAUAAAAACAGCUUUGGACAACUUUGGACGUGUUGAUGUUCUCAUCAACAAUGCAGGAAUUCUCCGAGAUAAAGGUUUUGCAAGAAUAUCUGAUCAAGAUUGGGAUCUUGUGCAUCAAGUUCACCUUAAAGGAAGUUUUAAGACUACACAAGCAGCCUUCCCAAUAUUCAAAAAGCAGAACUAUGGUAGAAUUAUCAUGACAUCUUCGAACUCUGGAAUUUACGGUAACUUUGGUCAGGCAAAUUACUCUGCAGCCAAAAUGGGCCUGAUUGGUUUGGCAAACACAAUAGCUAUUGAAGGAAAGAGGAGUAAUAUUCAUUGUAAUGUUAUUAUACCUACUGCCGCUAGUAGACUUACAGAGGAUAUUUUACCUCCUGACAUAUAUGCAGAGUUGAAACCAGAACUGAUAGCUCCAGUUGUGGCUUACCUAUGCCAUGAAAGCUGCAAGGACACCGGUUUAUAUAUUGAUUCAGCUGCCGGUUGGGCAGGAAAAUGUGAGAUUGUAAGAUCGAAAGGGUCACUGUUGAGAAACAGCAAGAAUGAUGGUGUUACAAUAGAAAAUGUGAGAAAUGUUUGGGAGAAGGUUAAAAACAUGGAGGGAGCUAGUAAACUAGGUUGUAUUGAAGAAGCCACGUUGUCCUUGCUAACCACUCUUGAAGAAAUGGAUGGAGGGGCAGGUAACAGCAAUGAAACACCUGCAUCUACAGUUGAUGAUGUUUACAAGUACAAUUAUAGAGAUGUUAUCAUUUAUGCUUUGGGUGUUGGUACAUCGUUGAAAAAUGAGGGCGAACUGAAAUAUAUUUACGAAAACCAUGAAGAAUUCACAGCUUUACCAUCUUUCUUUGUUUUACCCGCAAUACAAUCUAUCUUCAUGUCAGAUUUCAUAGAAAAAGCAGUUGCUGGUCGAACUGUCAACCUCAGUCAAGCUCUGCAUGGUGAACAGUACAUUGAAAUUCUUGGUAAUUUACCUACAGAGGGCACUCUUGUGUCUAAAGCCUCUGUGGUUGAGGUUAUGGAUAAAGGCUCCGGAGCAGCUGUCGUGGUUAAUGUUGAUUCUUAUACACCAAAGGGGGAUUUAGUGAUACGUAACCAAUCAGUUAUCUUCUGCGUUGGUGCUGGUGGUUUUGGAGGCCCUCGUACUGGCACCAAAGCUGUUCAGUGUGUGAAAAGACCCCAGAGAAAUCCAGAUAAGACUGUGAGCCAACAAACCGGAGUAGAUCAAGCUGCUCUGUAUAGGUUAAGUGGAGAUUUGAAUCCUUUACAUAUUGAUCCUAACAUGGCCAUCAUAAGUGGCUUCAAAACGCCAAUUCUUCACGGUUUAGCCACUUUAGGUUAUUCUGUAAGGAUGAUAUUGGGAGCUUAUGCAAACAACGACAGCACACUGUUCAAGGCUUGUAAGGCACGUUUCAUGAAACCAGUUAUACCAGGUCAAACUUUGAAAGUUGACAUGUGGAGAGAGAAUAACAGAAUCUAUUUUGAAACUUCUAUCACUGAAACAAAUACUGUUGUAAUUGGUGGAGCAUACAUAGACUUGAAAUCAAUCAAUAUGCAACCAACGAUCAACAAACUAUCUUCAGGAUUACAAAGUGAUGCUAUUUUCGAGUUCGUUAUUGAUCAGGUGAAAGCUGACCCUGCAAAAGCAAAAUCAGUUGGGGGAGUUUUUCUAUAUAAAAUUACCAAAGACGGAAAAGAGGCCAAACAAUGGACAAUGGACCUGAAGAAUGCCUCAGUGUACGAGGGUGCUCCAAAAGAUGUCAAAGCUAACACGACCCUCACAAUCUCUGAUGAUGAUUUCUUAGCUUUGGCUCAGGGCAAACUUAACCCACAAGUCGCAUUUAUGAAAGGAAAAUUGAAAAUCCAAGGCAACAUUAUGUUGGCACAAAAAUUGGCCCCCAUUCUGAAAGCCAAUGCCAAACUUUAAGUCAAAUAGUUUGUAUACAAUUAUUGAUUUUUUUUAUAUACCUUAGAUUUUAAUUGUUGGUAUAAUUGUUAUGAUUUCUGUUAGGUAUGAGGUGUUAAGUGUAAAAUUUUAAAUUAAAAUUUUAAUUAAUUUCUGGAUUGAGUUUAUCUUAUCUCAGUGAUAUUCUUGAUUAAAUGUAAUCAAAAAUGGCAGUAUUAAAAAAAUUGCACAAG